AUGAUUGCGAUUAGAGAAGUAAUCUUCCAUGCUCUCAAGCGGAAACUCAAACUAGUAUUCGGUGAUUCUCUCAUUUUGAUGAGAGGAAUGCAGAUGUUUUCGAUCAAAAUAGCAUCGGGACUAUCCGAAAACUGCCACUUUGAAAUAUUCAAUAUGAAAUUUGGUAUAUAUCCACUAGGUUUUUUCCAUUCAAGUGGAACUUCCAUUUUAUCACUGCAAUGUUCAAAAUUACACCUCACAUUAAAGCAUAUCGAUCUUAAAAACAAACAAAAAUCACGCCAAUCACUAGAAAAAUACGUAAUUCAAACAUUUGGAAAAUUGAUCGCGACAAUUCUGUUUAAAUCCAUGAAUCUUGACUUGAACAAUGCUUUUAUAUCAGUUAAUGGCUUCAAAUUCUCAUUUACACAGCUUAAAAUGUUUUACAGACGCGAUAAUAACAAUUUGGAUUUUCACUUCUUAUUAAAUGAGUGCAUUUUCAAUCUAAACAUUCCUUCACUUAGAAUACCUUCUGUAGAAUUCAAUUUAAGUGCUACUGUCGAUGUUAUUCCUCAUUUAAUGAAAAAUAUUCUGAAUUUUGCGAUCUCUUUGAAUUCCUUAAAUAUGCAAUACGAAAAGGCCAAAAUACAUGUUUUCCCUAUUUCCUGUACAUUCCAUGCUAAAAAUGAUGAAUUUGCCGUCGGAACAAUCAAAUUUGAGCCAAUUGACAUAUUCGUACCAUUAUUUGACUUACUAACAACAAAUCUCAGUUUCACUGCUGAAGAGAUUUUCCUUUCAAAUCAAAGAAUUAAAGCAAAUCGAAUUAAUCUCAUCAGAAUGAACAGAAACGUACUUUCAAUACCUUCUUUCUUAAUGAAAGGCACAAACAUAACUCUUGGAAAGAUAGAUUGUACUGUUUCAACGCCUAUGAUGAUUGAUGUCGGAUUAUUGGCAAGAUUCUGCAUAGAAAAGCUUACACUCAAACCUAGAGAUGAUAUACAUGACAAAUUUGCGUUAUUUAGAGAAAUUACUGCAACUUCUCCAUCCGGAAUUCUUAAAUUUGAAUUAUCUGACACACACGUUCAUAAAUUUGCAUUAACGAAGAUAGAUUUCAAGGAUAUGGUUGUUAGCGCAAAGAAUGUUGUCGGAGAUAUUAUUUUUGUCAAUCAAAUUGUUCCAUUUUGCAUUGGUAACAAAAUUUCAAUGAGAAUCGAGCCACCGAGAAUGGAUGUCAAAGCAGGAUACAUUGAACUCAUUUUAUCUGAUGAUUUCGCUGAAACAACUUACUUCCAAGAAUUAUUCGGAAUAUUUAGGUUCCUUCAGUCACAUUUCAGAGGUGGAACAUGGAAUACAAGGACACAGCUACCUCCUACAAGGUUUAUUUUCUCUCUAGAACUCGCUUCUGGCCUUGUAAGAUACACACGACCACAAUUAACCAUAGAAAUACAAAAAGCGAACGAAGCAAUGGCUGCUGCUCAAGAGGACCUUAGAUUGAGACAAGAGAAAGCCCUCCAAAUCAUUCAAUCAACAAAUCCAAAUAAAUUUAACCGGGAAAAGUUCGAUUACGAGUCGAAACAAUUAUUCCUGAAGCUCUACAAAGGCUUACUGAAAGAGAUUGAUAACCAUGUUGAAACAGAUUGGUUCACAGUCGAAAUUAAGAACCUUGAAUGCGGAAUUAACGGUUUUUCAAUACCAAACCGCAAAGCAGCGCUCGACAAAAUCAAAAAUAUAUGCAAUGAAGUGACCGACGACAUAAUUGGUCAAAUAAGUGGAGCGCCAUAUUACGGUUCCUGCGAGUAUUUAGCAUGGAAGAUACCAGAAUUCGGUGUUGUAUACAGUGGAAGUAACUUGGAGUCGAAAGGCCAUUUCUUUUCCGCAUAUCAUAAUUCUACAAAAGCAAAUGAGUUCUUUUUGUUCAAGAUAUCAUGCGACGAAGGUCAAGAAGAGUUCCAAAUACCAAUGAUAUCCUCAAGAAAUGUAGUUUUCCUUGAUGUUAGCCUUCAAGCAAGUAAAAUUUACGGACAUUGGGGAUUGGCUUUCAUCCAAUGGUGUCAGGACUUCAAACUUGCAUCCAGGAUAUUCAGACAGAGACACUACAAGUUCAAAUGGCUUCAGUUCAUCGACCACACGAGAUUUAGAACGAGAUGGAAGUUCGAUUUGAAGUCGAAAGACAUUUCUUAUGGUUUCAAUGAUCCCGUUGAUCCAUUUGGAGAACCUCUUUACAUACUAACUUACCAUAAUUGUUCGAUUUCCUUUGAUGGCGACAAAUACUCUUUGACAGGAAGCGAUUUCGUCAUCUAUUUCACAAACCAGAGCGGACAACAUGCAUUUUGCACCUUGUUCCAGCCCCGUGCAAAAAUUAGAUGGGGAACUCAUAACGCAAAUAUGCCAAAAGAUGAGCGUAGACCCAUCUUUAUCCCCAUAGAUUCAUCAAUGAUGACCGAUCCCGACUACGAUCCGUACGAAAAGUGGAGAACUGACAAGUUUUCGAUUCAUGUCACCGAGACAUUUAGCGACCAAUUUGGAAUUGUUGACUUAGACCAAUUGCAAAUUGUUUUAGAUCGAGUUGCUCCAAGAAUGACUCUCGAAAAGUUCGUAAAACCUCCACUUUUUGUCAUCAGAUUUGUUCCAUUUCCUUUAUACGGCUUUACUGAUGCCAAUAUCACACUUCCACCACUUCUCAUGAGAAUGAUGAAUGGUUCUCUUAUCUUUAAUAUUGUUGAUGACCCUCUCCAAGUCUUCUACAACGAAAGUUUGCCGAGAUCUAUGUCAAUUACAUCGAAUGACUUGACAUUGAUAUGCACUUACAACAUGAGAACCAUUCUCUCCAUGAAUAUGAAAGGUCUCCAGGUCGAAAGGAACAAAGGAAUCAUGCAAGUCAACAUGAAAGAGAAUAUUACGAAAUUAAAUCUCGACCAACUCUUCCAAUUGAAGCGGAUUCCACUUAAACUUCAUCCAAAGAAGGGAAUAAGUAAUCUCCAGAGCAUGAACUCCGUUGAAGAACUCUUCCAUUACUUCAAUCAAACAAUUAUGACUGUUUCUGUUCAAAAAAUUGAUUUUAGAAUCAAUUACAGCAACGAACAGAUACUUUCCAUAUUGAUUUCAUUGUUGAUAAUCGAGAAGAGAAUCAACGAAGCCAAUUUGGCGAUGAUGACUUAUGCAUUUACUGAAUGUCUCAUCAGAGCACCGCCAAACAUCAAUCUUGUCAGCCUAAAAGAGCCACAAUUAUGCACAGCGAUGGCUUCCAAUAGAGCAAUCAUCGCUUCUACGAUAAAUGCUGUUGAUUUAAGUAUAUCUCAAGAAGAUAUCGAAUUUUACAAGCCGAUAAUCAAGAGAAUCCGUCAGUACUUCACUCAUUUGGACUUCAACAACACAACAGAAGACGAAAAUGCCAAAGAUAUGGAAAAACCAAAGAUAGAAUUCAUGAUUUUACUAACUUUGGAAUGUUUGAACGUAGAACUCCUCAAACAGACGAGAAAUCCAUUAAUAACUGCCAAAUUACAAGGCAUUUGCUUUGAUGCAAAGAGAAUUGAAGAUAUGAGUGAGGCAAUUAAAAUUUCUUUCCGUAAAAUCGAAGCUGAAAGGAACGACGCCAUCGAUGUCUUCCAUAACAUCUUCAAAUCGAAUGAAGGCAGCCAACCAAUAUUUAAUUUUGUUUUGAAUCAGACGAGACCAUUAAUGAGGUGUCCUGUUUUCGACAGAAUUGAUGUUACAUUGGCUCCGUUCUUGAUUUCCAUUGACAUUGCUUUCUUCAUGGAAAUUGUUGAGUUCUUUAAAUCAACAGAUGAAAUGCAUGUCUUGGAAUUCGAUGAAGAAGAGAUCGAAUCAACACAACCUGUUGAGUUACAGAAAGUUGAUACACAACAGAAUGAUUCGAACUUGUUCUUCUGCAGGAUGUUUAGAUUCAAUCCAAUCGAUGCUUCGUUGAAUAUAAGAUUCCCAAGAGAGUCUGUUUUCGCUGAAUUUACAAACAGACCUUUCGUGUUUAAUGGUUUGUUCUUGGAGGAUAUCUUCGGAACUAAGCAACAGAUCAUUGCUUUAUUGAAGAAGAACUUGAAAUGGACUGUGAUCAAAGCACUUCCAAAAUUGAUUUUUAAGAAAUCUAAGGAAUAA